AUGGCCUCAGCGACUUCUGUAUGGGAAAUCCAAGAGGAAACCAAAUGUCCCAUCUGUCUGGAAUAUCUGACGGACCCAGUGACCAUAGACAGUGGGCACAACUUCUGCCGAGGCUGCAUCACUCAGUACUGUGAGACAUGGACAGAGGGGAACUAUGACCCUUUGUGCAGCCCUGCCUUCAGAGCCCGAAUCCAGAAAGAGGCUCUCUGGAAUAACUAUCAGCUAGAAAAUAUAGUGGAAAAAAUCAAACAACUGCAUUUCAAAGAUGGAAAAGAGAAUCUGUGUGAGAGACACAGCAAAGCCCUGGAUCUGUUCUGUGAAGAGGACGGGGAAGUCGUGUGUGUGGUUUGUGAGAGAUUCCCAAAGCACAGAUCUCACCCGGUGCUUCUCAUGAAGGAGGCUGCCCAGAAAUACAAGGGAAAGUGCUACUGCCAGGGGGAGCGCUACUUUCUUGCUGCUUGGUGUCCCCACCACAUGCUUCUCGAGAAAUCUGGGGGGCACGUGACGCUGCAUGCCUCCAUCACACGUCGCUUCUUUAGCCUUGGGUAG